AUGGAAAAUCUACUAUCCCUCGCCUUUGACAACCUCUCCUCCUACGACGGCCCCAAAGUCCGCAAGGGUCUGCGCCAAGUCGAGGGCCUGCUGGCGCAAAUCUGCCUGUCGUCGGGGCGUGAUGGAGGCCGCGGCAGCCCUGGCGGCGAGGACACAAUGCACGAAGACAGCAACGACGUGAGCAUGUCGCCAUCGCGCAAGGACCUCGGCCAGCUGUCCGAGGACCCGGCGUUUCGCGAGUUCUUCAAGCUGCAGGAGGGCUUCGAGUGGAACGUCGGCCUGCGCCUGAUUAGCACCCUGGACCGCCUCAUGGCCAAGGGCAGCGACGGCCAGAACGAUCUGCUCAUCCUCAGCGCGCUCGAUCUCCUGCAGGGCGCGAUGCUGCUGCAUCCUCCCAGCAAGGGCCUUUUUCAGCGCGAGCAAAACAUGAAUCUCCUCCUCGACCUACUCGAACCCUUCAACUGCCCGGCCAUCCAAUCGGCGACCCUGCUCACCCUCGUCGUCGCCCUCAUCGACAUGCCGAAAAACACGCGCGUCUUUGAGGGCCUCGACGGCCUCCUCACCGUCACCUCGCUCUUCAAGUCGCGCUCCACCUCGCGCGAGGUCAAGCUCAAGCUCGUCGAGUUUCUCUACUUUUACCUCAUGCCCGAGACGCCCUCCAUCCCCCGCGUCGCCGACCGCCGCGACUCGCUGCCGGAUAUGCUCCAGCGCAGUCCGAGCAAGCUCGCCGGCGCCUUUGCCGGUGACGGGGCGAGACGUGGUCGCGCUGGGAGCGAGGCCGCUGGCGGCACGCUGUCGACGCAGGACAAGCAGCAGCUGCUCAGCAGAUAUCUCAGCAACGUCGAGGACCUGGUCAAGGAUCUCCGGACAUGUGCGCCCUUUGGAGGCGUGGUCGCUUGA